GGAGAAAUACCAUCUGGAGGGUCUUUUGCAAACUUCACAGCAAAAUCAUUUUCAGGAAACAAAGCACUUUGUGGGAAUCCAAUUUUUGAAGUUCUACCUUGUCCAAGCCCAAGCUCCAAAGGAUCUAAGUUGAAACAAAAUCUGCUCAAAUAUUUUCUUCCUGCUAUUGCUUCAAUUAUAGUAUGUCUAGCAUUAGUUUAUGUGUUGAGAAGACAUCGAGAAAGUAAAAUACAGCUUCCAAGUUUAUUUAAUACAUUGCAUGUAUUGGAGUUUAGAAUGAUAUCAUAUCAAGAGCUUUGCCAAGGGACAAACAACUUUUGUGGAAGUAACUUGCUUGGAGUAGGAGGUUUUGGUUCUGUGUACAAAGGCAUGCUCCUUGACGGGACUACUGUUGCUAUUAAAGUUCUAAAUUUGCAAUUGGCUGGUGCUUUCAAAAGUUUUGAUGCAGAAUGCAAGGUCUUACGAACAAUUCGACAUAGGAAUCUUGUUAAAGUCAUAAGUACAUGCUCUAACCCUGAGUUCAGAGCUUUAAUAUUGCAAUACAUGUCGAAUGGCAGCCUUGAAAGGUGGUUAUACUCUUAUAACUACUCCUUGACUCUUCUUCAAAGAGUAAACAUUAUGGUUGAUGUUGCAUCAGCGUUGGACUAUCUUCACCACGGUCAAUCAGAAUCUGUGGUUCACUGUGAUUUGAAGCCUACCAAUAUCCUUCUAGAUGAGGACAUGAUUGCACACGUGAGUGACUUUGGCAUUGCAAAGAUUUUGGUUGAAAACAAGGAUGCUACACAAACCAAAACUCUUGGUACACUUGGCUAUAUUGCACCAGAGUAUGGCUUGGAAGGAAAAGUCUCCAUUAAAGGCGAUGUUUAUAGCUACGGUAUAAUAUUGUUGGAGAUGAUCACAAGGAAGAAACCUACCGACGACAUGUUUGUAGAAGAAUUGACUUUGAGGCAAUGGAUAAACGCUUCAUUUCCCGACAAACUAGUGGAGGUUGUGGAUGACGGCUUAAUGAGGACAGAAAAUGGACAAAAUGCAACUGUCAUGCAAAGUGUUCUUUCAUCUAUCAUUGAAUUAGGUUUGAAGUGUUCUGAAGAGUUACCAGAUGAAAGAGUUGAUAUCAAAGAUGUGCUUGUCAAGCUUAAAAAAAUCCAAGUGAAACUUUUUGAAAACAGAAAUGAUGGUGUUUGAUAUAUUUUAUUUGGGUUAUAUCGGGUUUGUCUUUUAAUUUCUUAAAGUACUUACAAGUGGUAUGCUUUAUGUUUGUAUGACUUUCCAUGUUUAAAUAAAUGCUUUGGGAUUUUCUAACA